AUGAACUUCAUGACCGACAGGCUCGCGAACUCCCUCGGUAUAAGGCAAAGGAGAUGUGCGAUCCAGAUCGGAGCCCUCGACAAUUUGAGCACCACGGCAAAACGUUACACCACGGCCACCAUCACGUCGACGGACGGCGAGUACAAGAAGACAUUGAGAUUUCUUGUUAUCCCGGCCAUAUCGAUCCUCGUACCAAGCGAGCCCAUCGAUCCCUCGAGUCUGGGAUUACCCAGAAAUAUUCAUCUAGCCGAUCCACAAUUCCAUUGCCCAGCCCCGAUCGAUGUUUUACUUAGUACCGGAUCAACAUUCGCGUCGCUGUGCAUCGGGCAGGUCAAUCUGGCACAACCAGGCGAACCUGAACUACGUCUACAAAAAACACGCUUCGGCUGGGUAAUCGGGGGGAGUCCCACGUCCCAAACCGCGAUAAAUACGUUCCACGCAACCACAACGGCUCUGCAAGAGGACCUCGCACGGUUUUGGGAGAUCGACGAGGGACAGGCCACUACUCAUCUUUCGGAAUCGGAACGACUAUGUGAAGAACAUUUCCGAAACCAUGUCCGACGAACCAAGGAAGGCAGAUACAUCGUUGCAUUACCGUUCAACGAAAAGCUUUCCUCACUAGGGUCAUCGAAGGCCACUGCAAUGAGCAGGCUCGCCUCUCUUCAUCGCUGA